UGUGGGAGAAGGAGAGACGAGUAGAAGAAGAGAGAGAAUGGAAGUACCUCCAAUGUAUAUACGUGGCUGUACGUGGCCACGCCGGGCAGUAUCCCCAAAGCUCGUCCUCACCCGCUGAAAAAACCAGGAAACUUGAGAGAGAAACCCCAUCCCCAAGGGCGGACACCCAUUCUCCGUGAGACUGAACAUAGUAACAAUAACCCCAGUGCUCCAACACUCGACUGUACAUAACCUAGAGUCGUCAGGAAUGCGAGUGAGAUUGAAAUCCUAGACCCAACACAAAUCAAAUAAAUCGGAGAAUCAAAUGACAUGAGUCUGCGGAUAAAGGUCGAGAUGUUGGGAGUCUCCAGGUGCAUGAUAAUCUUGCAUUUGUUUAUUGUCACACUCGAGUUGCCCAAUGCGGUGUGUCUGGAGGUGAUCUACGCGAUUAACGCGGGGGGUGAGACCCAUACGGACAGCUAUGGGGUCCGAUACAUGAGGGACCCAUUGAUGGGCAAAGUUGGGACAGCCUCGGACUACGGAAAGCAACUGAUCAUUGGAAGGGUCAACACCAUGGAUCAGAUUCUCUACCAGACCGAGAGGUAUCAUCACUCGACAUUUGGGUAUGACAUACCCAUCAGCGAGGAUGGCGACUACGUACUUGUCCUCAAGUUCUGCGAGGUCUACUUCAACUCACCGAACAUGAAAGUAUUCGAUGUGGUGCUCAAUGGGGAUCACACGGUUGUCACUGAUCUGGAUAUUUUCGAGAGGGUGGGGAGAGGAAUCGCUCAUGACGAGCAUGUGCCCUUCAGGGUGGAACGGGGCAAGCUGAUUUAUAAUGAAGAGGAGUCGGACAUUCUUGGGGGAAAGAUACGGGUGGAGUUUAUCAAGGGGUAUAGAGACAACCCCAAAGUCAAUGCUAUUGCUGUCAUCAAGGGAACUGUUGAUGAUGUACCACAACUGGGUCCCAUCCCCCAAGACCCAGAGGAAUACCACGGGAUGCAGGAGGACGAGGAAGAAUCUCCAGUUCGCAGUAGACACACGAGUGGUCCCCGGACCCCUGACCCCUACUCAAUCGACGAUUCAUCGAUAAUGCUACCGGUUUUCGUAGCUAUCGGGGCCUUCAUACCUCUGCUCUUCUGCCUGUGUAAGCUCUGAGGUACACAGGCAGUAUCGCUCAUAAACCCGGAUGAAAAUAUUAAUAGAAAAACCUAGCGAAUUCGUUAGAAAAUUCUAUUGGAUUUUUAUUGAACUUUCUAUUAGUU